CCCUACAGUAUUUGACAUUUCGAACCAAUUUGGAAUUUGACGUGUUGCCAAGAUUGGGUUAUAAUUUUUUUAUUGUUAAUGCUAUUGUGUACUAAAACGUAUAUUUGCAAAAAACUGAAUAACUUCAGGUUGAAAUAUUUAAUAAAAUCUUUAAUAACCAGAAGUCAAAUACACCAAUGUUUUUCGUAUUUCAUCCAAAAUCACAACUUUUGCGUUGAAAGUUAAAGUUGGCAGCAUUACACAUAUAUACGAUAUAAAUUACCAUAGAUAAUAUAUAAUAUCAUCACUGUAAAUUACAUUUGCGAAGUUGGUUACUGUAAUUAUAUAUUUUAAUAUCUAAAUAAUUAAAAAAAUGUUUCGGAAUUUAUACAAGCAAAGUGGAAAAAUUAUUACCGAAUUACAAGAGGACAGACGAAGAAAAUUAUUAGAAGAGCAAAAACGAAAUCGUUUGCUUCUGCAAGACUUGAAUCGUGGUACAAAUUGUGAUGAAAGCAACAAAGAAACGAUGCAUUCUCAUCCAAACAAAAAAAGUUCUAGAGCAUUGCAAGAUGCUUAUGGUUCAGAGUAUUCAUUGCAGUUAUCUGAGUGGUUACGGGAACGUCCCGAGAACAUAUGUGACUGGAUUUUGGUACCAUGUCCAAAAGGGCAACGUUGUCUAGUUGUAACUUAUAGUGGACGCACUGAAAUGUUCACUAAGUCUGGUCGUCGGCGUAUGUAUUUUCAUAGUUUAUUGCCCGGUGGCAAUGGUCCACGUGGUUGUAAAGUGAGUACAAUUCUGGACUGUGUUUAUUCCCAUGACGAGGAUACAUUUUAUGUAUUGGAUGCACUAGUUUAUGGCAAUCAAGAAUUAGUUCAUUGUGAAGCACAGUUUCGUUUCUUUUGGUUACGUUCAAAGUUUGAUGAGUGUCCUGAACUUGGACUUAGCAAUAAAUAUAAUAAAAAAUCAUUUAAAUAUCUGCCUCGGUACGAUUUUGAAAACUCAGCCGACGUUUCAGAAGCAUUUCAACAAUAUCCGUUUUGGCCAGAAAAUGUACCUCGGUUAGAUGGUUGGUUGUUUUAUCACAAGGAAGCUAGUUACACCUGUGGCUCUACGCCCCUAGUCGGUUGGCUUUUUGCCUUUAUGGUGCCUGAUAUAUUAGGCAUAGACGUAAACGAGAAUUACAUACCUCCGAUGAACUAUACCGAUCCAUUAAUAUAUAUGGAUGAGUUUGAUGCCAAAUUAUCAACUUUAAAACAGAGACAUAUAACUAAAAGCACACAUUCCAAAGAAAUGGAUUAUUUUGAAACAAUUGAAAUUGAUGACCAAAGCAUUGAUGAAAACGACAAUGCUGAAUUAUUUAAAGUGCUUAAUGAUGAACGUCAAUUAGAAAUCGGAGAACAAUGUUACCGGCUUCAUGUGUGCGAAGAAGAAUUGCUCCAAUAACAAUUUUUUAAAAACUAAUUGUUGUUUAGUAUAUAUAUAACUGCAGAAAACAAUUUUGGCUUGGGGAUGAAACGAUGUUUGUUUGCAACUGCGCAAUGACUCUGAUGUUUAAUUAAUAUAUGUAAAAGAGAGGGAAAACUGGUUAGCCGAGCAAACGGAGGAAGAAUGUCGAUACAGAACUUUGAUAUUACGGAAACCCUGGUUAGUCUUGCACUAAACUCACAUGAGUGAUGUAAAAUUUA